AUGGGCUGGUUUAGCAAGACGAAACCUAUGGACGAUCAGUCUAAGGCACCUACGCGAUCUUCCAGAAAGCAAUGCUGGGAAGCCCGUGACGGCUACUUUAGCUGCUUAGAUAACAUAUCGGUUGUGAACGCUCUGGACCCUAAACACCACGAAGCGAUCAAAAAGAGUUGCCAGGGUGAAGAAAACAAGUUCGAACAAGACUGUGCAACCAGCUGGAUCAAGUAUUUCAAGGAAAAGCGGGUCGUUGAUUACAAGAGAGAAAAAUUCAUGCGGGAAAUGGAAAGCAAGAACGCUCAACAAAUCGAUCUUUCUGGCAUGGUAAAAAGGUGA